ACAAACUCCAAAAUUCUCAAGUCUCGCGCUCUGUUUCUCACAUUCAUUACACAUUCACACAUUUGAGUUUUAGUGAUGGAGUUCGAUGCACCAAACUAUCCACUUCUUUCGAAGAUGGCAACCAAUGAUGGCCACGGCGAGAAAUCGUCUUACUUCGACGGGUGGAAGGCUUACGAUAGCGAUCCAUUCCAUCCUACCGAAAACCCAGAGGGAGUCAUUCAAAUGGGUCUAGCCGAAAACCAGCUUUGCCUGGAUUUGAUGCAAGAGUGGAUUAAGAAGAACCAGAGGGCCUCCAUUUGCACUGAAGCGGGAGUUUCAGAAUUCAAAGCGAUCGCAAAUUUCCAGGAUUACCACGGCCUGCCUGAAUUCAGAGAGGCCAUUGCCAAGUUCAUGGGGAAAGUGAGAGGAGAAGGAAUCAAUUUUGACCCUGCGAGGAUAGUGAUGAGCGGUGGAGCUACCGGGGCUGCCGAAAUAUUGGCCUUUUGUUUGGCUGACCCUGGCGAAGCAUUCCUUGUUCCAACGCCAUAUUAUCCAGCAUUCGAUCGAGACCUCAGGUGGAGAACAGGAAUCCAGCUCUUUCCAAUUCACUGCGAGAGCACCAAUCAUUUCAAAAUCACCCAGUCCGCACUUGAAUCUGCUUAUGAGAAAGCCCAGCAGGCGAAUAUUAGAGUUAAAGGGGUCUUAGUAACCAACCCAUCAAAUCCACUGGGGACAACCUUGGACAAAAAAACACUAAGAACCUUGGUCAGCUUCAUCAAUGCCAAGAGGAUCCACCUAAUCUGCGAUGAGAUUUUCGCAGGGACCGUCUUCAGCGAGCCCAGAUUCGUUGGCGUCUCCAAGAUACUCGAAGAGGAUCCUAAUUGUGACCAAAGCCUCAUCCACAUCACCUACAGCCUCUCCAAGGUCCUCGGCCUCCCUGGAUUCAGGGUUGGCGUGGUCUACUCCUACAAUGAUACAGUGGUUCGCUGCGCUCGUAGGAUGUCGAGCUUUGGACUAGUCUCCUCACAAACACAAUACCUGCUUGCCUCCAUGCUAUCAGAUGAUGAAUUCACAACCGAGUUGAUAGCAGAGAGCAGGAGGAGGCUAUCGAAGAGGCACGAGAUCUUCACUUCUCGGCUUGCGCAAGAGGGAAUCCAGUGUUUGGAGAGCAACGCCGGGCUGUUCUGCUGGAUGAACUUGAAAAUGCUUCUCAAGGAAUCCACAGUUGAAGGAGAACUCGAGCUGUGGCGCAGGAUAAUUGACGAUAUGAAGCUCAAUGUGUCGCCCGGUUCCUCAUUUCAUUGCAGUGAACCUGGGUGGUUUAGGGUAUGCUUUGCCAACAUAGAUGACGAGACCAUGGAAGUUGCCCUUCAAAGGUUCAAGUCAUUUAUGCGCCGGGCGAAAAAGAAGAGGUGGCAGAAUGGGCUUCGCUUAAGCUUUCCUCGGAGGUUUGAGGGCAUGACCACCAUGACCCCCAUGACCCCCAUGACCCCAAGCUUAUUGUCACCGCACUCUCCUGUUGUUCGAGCCACCACUCCAGCUUAGUAGUAUAGCUAGUGUUGUGGAGGAUGAAGGCACCAAGGACUGUUCUUCCGCCAAUUGUUAGAGUAUUUCAAAAUUCUAAGCCUAUUCUUUUUUUUCUCUUGUAUAUUUUUUUUAGUCUCACAUUGAAAAUAGACGAAGCCUACGUGCGCACGAGCCCAAUGAAAGCCCAAGACAAUUUGGCAGAUCUGAUCAAAAAACGGGUUAACCGGGUGUCCCGAUCGAUCACCACGCGCACGGGGGAAAAUUGGCAGCAAAAAAGGAAAAGGAAGAUGAAAGGCACAUCAUAGUAAUUAUUGGUUAUUAGAAAAUAAGAUGGAUAAAUAUUUUUUGAUUAUUAGAGCCGCAACGGGUUCUUUCAAGAAAUAUGUAUCGUUCUUUCCUCCUUUCCUUUAUCAAGAAAAAUUGUAACUUUUUUUUUGAGUAAAACUACUGGAAUAUGUAUUUUUUAAUUCUACAAGGAAUAUGUUAGAAAAUACGGAGGAAAAGAAAUUCCUUGGCUCUCUGUUUUCUCUGUAAUGGUGAAAAGGAUCGUGUUGACCCAUGUUUUAAAA